AUGGAUGUACACGCCGCGCUGCUGCUCAACGGCGCGGUGAUCGUCGCACUGCCCGUGUCGCUCGUGAAUACCCGGUUUGCGAUGCUGUGCAGCGUCGCGCUGCUGGUGAUCGACAUGACGCUCAGAAAAGUGGCCUUCGUCGCACUGCUCGUCUCACGCAUGGCUGUCCAGGCCGUCCUGCUGCUGUGCUCAUCGGUGUGUUCGUCGCUCUGCUCGUGCCACUUUGGACGUCAGAAUUCUCAAGCUGUUCUGCGACGUGGUUUUCGCCCACUGUGCUGCUGUGGUGUCCGUACUACUGCCCUCCAUAGUGGUGCUGGUCAAGUAAAACGCUGCUCAGAAACACGGUGCUAA